AGAGCGCUGCUCCGCCGACCCUCUCUCACCCGAUUUCCCCUUCCUCUUUAGGAAAGGAUUAUUCACGUGGUUGGCUUUUCAUCACUUUAGCUAGAUAGGCCUAUUGUGGUUGGCCUAUCCCUGGCCUAUUAGUAGGCCCUCCGCACGGAGUACAUAUAACUGAUUUAACCUGCCUGUCUGCCUGCUUGCGCAUAUCAACUUCAACCUAUUGAACAUGUUCAAUCCAACCUUGAUAACCAUAACGUUGUCUCUUUGAUAUUCGGGUUACCGCCCCAAUAAUCGCUCUCCUUUCCCCAUCAGACUAUGUUCUCGUCGCUUCUACGAUCUCUUCCCUCACUCGGGCGGAGAUGGAAACCUCUCCAAUUGUCUAACCCCAACUUUGUCCGGAUACCCGAGUGGCACAAGAUUGAGGAGGAGACUCUCCCAGACUACAUCGCCUCGCAGUUUUAUCCAACUCGAAUCGGAGAAGUCAUCAAUGAGCAAUAUCAAGUCAUCGGUAAAUUAGGAUAUGGGUCUACGUCCACUGUGUGGCUUGCAAGGGACAUGGAUAAUCGGCGUUAUGUUAUGCUCAAAAUCUUCGUCCAGGCCUCAUCUAUGGGUCAGCAAGUGGAUAAUGAGCUUAAUAUAUAUAAAUACAUGGAGCAGUCCCCAACGGCCCAUCCCGGGCGCGACGUGAUAAGAACAUUACUUGAUACAUUCUAUAUCAACGGACCUCAGGACAAGCAUCGAUGCCUUGUACAUCUACCAUUAUGGGAAAGUGUUUUGGCUUUCUUACGCCGUAAUCCAAUUGAGAGACUACCCUCACCGGUUAUCGCAGUUGUCCUUCAUCGCCUAUUUCUAGCAUUGGACUAUCUUCAUACAGAGUGCCAUAUUGCACACACUGAUAUCAAGGCUGAUAACAUCAUGUUCGGAAUUAAGGAUGAUUCAGUCUUUACUGAUUUUGAAGAGUAUGAGCUUCAAAAACCUGUUCCGAGAAAAGAGGUAGGCGGGAGAAUAAUAUAUAUGUCCCAAGAACUUAAAAUACCCAAACAAGUCAGCUCUCCAAUUCUUUGCGAUUUUGGUUCUGCUGUACACGGUGAGCAGUCUCACUCGGUAUUUAUUCAACCUCAGAUCUACCGAGCACCAGAGGUCAUUCUGGGCGUUCCAUGGACAUUUAGCGCCGAUAUAUGGAAUGUGGGAUGCAUGAUCUGGGACAUAUACGAAGGCGGCUCCUUAUUUACAGGCCACGACCCCGAAUCUGAGAGAUAUCGGAGCCGAGCCCAUCUUGCUGAGAUGAUCAACCUUCUUGGUCCCCCACCUCCUAGCCUUCUUAUACAAGGGGAGCUAAGAGACAAGUUUUUUUCGAAUGAAGGCAAUUUCCUGAACCCGGAUUUACUAACCACCUUAGUGCCACUGGAACAGAGGGAAACCACUCUCGAGGGUAAAGCGGAGAGAGAAGCCUUUCUGCGUUUCAUGCGCAAAAUGCUACAAUGGGAGCCCGGCAAGCGUAGCUCAGCGAAGGAGCUAGCGGAAGAUGAAUGGCUACAUGGUCAUAUGUAA